GCCGAGUGGGUUGACAUCCUUCAGGACGAGAUGCCGAACUUCAAGUAUGUCAACAUUCCCCAGCAUCACAAGACUGCCUUGUCCGGCAUUGUUCGUGGCAAGAUCGUCCCGGGCCUGCAGGGCGAUGGAUUGUGGUGCUCUACGAGGAGGAUUCUCGAGGCCUGGAACAAGAAGACGAACAAGGAUUAUGGCCUCGGGAUGCUCCUCACCGUCGUCAAGAACGACAAUCGCAGCAGGUUCCAGCUGCGAAUCGACCGCAACCACCCCCUCGCCGAGUACUACGGCCUAGGAGGGUACCCUACCCUUAUUAGGGCGAACCAAGGCAUCUCCAAGGAUGCUAUGAAAGGGGUGCCCGACUCGAUCCUUGCUGAGGCCUGGUUCAGCAUGAUCCCAGAAGCAGAAAUGGAUGUGCAUUCUGCCACCUGGGAAGGUCGGCCGGUUUUGCCCCUGGAGAAGAUUCCACGCAGGCUCUACCACCGCACCUACAAGGAUCGAGCCUUUGCCAUCUUGGACUCCUGCUUUAUCCCCGGGCACCACACCGCGAAUGCCUUUGUGUAUUUUGCCGACCGGGAGGUAGGGCCGGGAGAAAACGUCCCUGGCGUGAGGAGCGAUCGUCCCGUCGAGAUCGUCAUCAACACCAUGGAGGCCCUCAGUCAGGGCGCCGGACUGUUUUACUCCCGAUCAGACGGCGUCCUCUGCCGAGAGGCUAUCUCCGGGUCCACGGUCCUUUAUAUUCGUGACACAAGGACCGAUGAAAUUUUGUGGUCCGCCACGGAUGGGCCCGAAGGACGGGAGGAGGAAGAGAAUGCCCCUCAGGUAGAGGAGGCCGAAUCUUCCGGAAGCAUGGUUGUUGAAGCCGUGGGACCUCUCCAAGAAGCACAAGAGGAGCCUGAUGUCGAGCAUGAAGAAGCCCCGUUGGUCAAGGAGGAGUUCGAUGUUCCCAUCCUUGAGGAGGUCGAGAGCACCGUUCCUGAACUUCCACAUCUACGCGUUCGCUUCAACACUGACGCCGAUGUCAUCGAGGUGUCACCUUCAGGAAGGAACCGUUUGACUGAAGGUCAGUUGCAAGUGGUCCCUGAUGAAGGAAUGGCUACCCGUUCUACGGCACCGGCAACCCAGGCGCCGCGUCCUGGAUGGAACAGGGGAAUCACGCAGGUUCAGUGCGUCAGUUGUGGCAAGCUCCGUCUCGAAGGUCAGCACAAGUGCUUCCACUGUGGCUACUACGUCACCCGUGGGGCCACCCAGAGCGCCUUCAGAAUGUGGAUGGCGCGUGAGCGCUCCCAUGUCUUGGACGCCCUGGCGGAGCAGUUUGGGAAGGGCCUUUGGGAGUUGGAUGCCGCGAAGAUUCGCCAGGCCGCUGGAACGCACGAUUUGAGGGGACAGCAGAGCGUAGAUGGCCGAGCUAUCAUGUUAGCACGCCAGAAUCUCAAAGGCUUCAUGAAGCACGGCUACACGUCGAUGGUAGACAAGUUCGACCAGGACGACACCUACGCGAUCCACGCUAUCAAGGGCGGCUGGACGAGAAGGCGGCUCACUAUUCAGGACUGCGUGGCAUGCGCUUAUCUUCCCAAUCAAGGUCGUUCCCGCGAACAACGUGAGUUGGGCUACGGCUCCAACAAAGCCUGGGAGAACAAAAAGGUCAAUCAUGAGGGACUGGCUCGCAUGGUGUUCUUCGACAAGAAUGCCGACGAUCUCGUCCUGGCCGGCCUCAUUGACGACCCCAACCUCGAACCUAUGGGCUACGCUUGGCUCGGCAACUUCAUGGGCGUGAAGGAAUUCGCCCGGACCAUCCGCGUCACCCGUGCGGUUUCCCACAUCCUCACCUUUACGGAGGGCAUCAUUGGCAUCCCGGACUUCGAUGAGGAAGAGCAUCUGGCAGUCUUUUUGGCCGAGAUCCUCUCUGAGAAUUAUGGUGGGGCAAAGGAGACGUGCCGAAGGAUGAAGGAAUCGGCAGAAGCGUCCCGGGCCGCUCAGGCGCGGGCGGAUGCAAGAAGGACAUCGCAAAAUGCCCCCCGUUUUGGGGAGGCCGAUCGUGACACGAAUCGUGGCUGGUCGUGGAGCGACAACUCUUGGUCGCAGGGCGACUGGCAUUCCUCAAGUUCCUGGCGUGAUCGCCAGUGGCAGGAUCAAGGAUCCUGGUGGAGCUCAGGGAGUCGCACUACGGAGCACUCCCGUGGACCUUGGCGCUACGACCAUCGAGAUCGCAGCUGGUGA